AUCAAGAUCACGAUCAAGGUUUAGAACUCAUUCCAGGAGUCAAGAUUCAGCGGAUGCAAGGAAUCCCGGAAAUAAUUUGUAUGUAACAGGCUUGUCCACAAGGAUUACUUCCAGGGAUCUUGAGAAGUAUUUCAACAAAGAGGGAAAGGUUGUCGAGUGCCACCUGGUAACAGAUCCUCGUUCUAAAAAGUCUCGUGGAUAUGGUUUUGUCACUAUGGAAAGUAAUCACGAUGCUGAGCGAUGUACCAAGUAUUUGGACCGCUCUGUUUUUGAAGGUCGACUGACAACUGUGGAAAAGGCCAAGAGAAGUCGUGACAGGACUCCAAUUCCUGGCAGAUACCGUGGUUCAAGAGAUAAGCAAAUGGCUGACAUGGAUGGCGACGAUCACGUUAUCGAUGGCAGCAUUGGCAGGACAGAUAUUAUUAUUCAAGGGACCGGCGUGGACGAUUACUUUGAUUAA